AUGUUGCAUGAAGAACUGAAUGAUCUAAUGGAGUCUAAAGGUGGUAAAAAGAAUUCUAGUAGUAGUAAAUCCUUAUUCUAUGAAGCACCUCUUGGAUACAGCAUCGAAGACAUCCGACCCAACGGUGGAAUCAAGAAGUUCAGAUCUGCUGCUUACUCCAACUGCGCUCGCAAACCAUCCUGA